AUGACAAAGAUCAAGCCAAGGCUCAUCGCUCGCAUCUCCUGCCAGGAAUGUCGUCGACGAAAGACCCGCUGCAACUUUGAUGGCCAGAAUCAAAAGUGCUCCACCUGUGCCCGCAUCGGCACCGCCUGUAUCUUCUCCCAAAAGAAUGGUGUCAUCCUCGAUAUGGACAAGGUCAUGGAAGAAAACAACCCCCACCUCGUCCACCAGCGAGAAAAGGAACAGCGAGCAAAGGAGCGUGCCCGUCUUGCCGCCAACACUUCCGCCAACACCAUCACGUCCUCCUCCUCCGCUACCGCAGGUCUUAUGGGUCCUACCUUGGCUCCUGCCCCAGACAUGUCCAUCUACUCAAAGUCGAGCCCGUCUUCCUCGUACCUCUCCUCAAGUGUCUUCCCUAACAGGCCAAGCAGGAGCAACAGCACCUCGGGUGCCCUGCCAUUGAAAGGACCCUCCUCCUCAACAGAGGAUCUCUCCAGUGUCAUGGAUCGCCUCCAGAUCGAUGCCUUUGGAAUCGCUCCUCAUACCCUUCGCAGCUUCAGUCAAGUCGCCGGUGACAACGACUCUGCAGAAACUUCCUCGAGCGAAUACUCUGACAACGAACCUACACACCCCAACGCCCUCUCAGACUCUCAGGAUCCAAAUGAUGUGCCGUCGUCGUCGCCUUUGAUGAACAAGCGCAACAGCGCCGGCAGUUCCUCUGGCUCUCAUCACCGAUCAUCUAGGAGUCGCUCCGUACCAUUAGUCGAUAUUCAACCGGACUUGAUCGAUCUCUACUUUCAGCAUGUUCACCCUUACCUCCUUGUCAUCCACAAGCCCUCCUUUUUCCGCAGGCUGCACGAUCCCCGCGACCCUGUGCCGGACUUUGUCUUGGCUGCCAUGUAUGCUGCCGCCUCUCACUAUGCACCCGGACGGGAACAGGAUGGCCGUCGCUACUUUGAGUUCUGGCUGAGCCGAUUGGAUGAUACACUGGAUAAGCCCCGUCUUUCGACUAUCCAGGCGUUACUCAUGAUCAUCAAGUACCAGGAGGGUGUCAGGAAGACGGGAUUCUACUUUCGGACAUAUAUGUACACCCAGAUGGUUAUUGUUCUCGCUCGAGAACUUCAAUUGCACAAAACAACACCUGUCAACGCCAAGCUGGACCCAGAGAGUCAUGAAGUCAGACGACGACUCUUCUGGGCCAUCUUUGUUCUCGACCAGUUCCUCUCAGUCUCGCAGGGUAGGACAAUGAGCUUCCGAGAGGUCGAACCGGAGGCGGACUUGCCACGCACAGACAACGAGAACCCGAACGACCCAGAGGAGAUCGAAAUCAUCCAGAACGCCGUCGAAUACAUCAAGCUGGUCAAGAUCGACCACCAGGCUCUGAUCCUCGUCCGCAAGUUCCUCACCAAGGUUGUCACGCCCGAGGAAACCAUUCCCCAGGGACUCUUCCUCCACCAAGCCAUGCUCGCCUGGAAGGCCAACCUCCCUGCUCGACUCCAGCUCGCAUCCAACAUGUCACCCCACACCCCCUUUGUCGGCAUGCUCCAUAUCCUCUACCACGCUUGCGCCAUCAUGAUCCAGCGGUGCUACUGCGAGGACCCCAGCGUCAGUCAUUUGGAGAUUGCGGCCGCCUCGAGGGAAACCUGCUCUGUUUCGGCAACCAACAUCACGGUCAUUAUCGACGACCUCUACACCAACUACGGCAUGCUUCCUAUGUCCUACCCGAUGCGAGGCUGCUACUUUGUCAUCUACUGCCUGAUUGCCGCUGCGACGAUUCAGGUGACCGAUAUCCGGAUGGGAGGCAAUGGAACGAUCAUGUUUAAGCGAUCCCUAGCCCUUCUCAACCUCAUCCUACGAAAGUCCACCGCGGUCGAUAUCGAAAAGGAGGUCGAGUUGUUGAAGAAUUCGAUGGAUGCUGUCAUGGAGUCUCAUUCCCAGUCGAUGACUUCCAGCUACCAGCAGGACCACCGCCUUACCUUCAAGCCCAUCUUGCCCAUGUCGCAGAAGUACGGUUCAAAGCUGAACUUUGGGGGCUCGGCCUCAGCUCCGAUCAGGAUUCGAAAGAUCUCGCCCAGGGUUUCAUCGAGCCCUUCUGCCGGUGUUAGUUCGCCUUCCAUGGGAGCACUGUCUCAGUCCCUCAACAGCAGCAAUAAUCAAACCCGGGACUCGUCAUCUGCAACCCUGGCUUCUUCCAAGAACACGUCGAAGGAUUCACCUCAGUCAGGAGGAGCAGUAACCUUCCCCAAGAGCUCUUCUUACAUGUCAGGCACAUGUGAAUCCAAUUCGACAGCGAGCCAAUCAGCGACCAGAACUCAGUCUGACUCCAUUCUGUCCUUGCAGAAUCAGAGUCAGCAACAACAACCCGACGAUGAUCUGGACCUGAACAUUAAAUGUUCUCCCUCGCCGGACAUGGGUUCAAGAGCUCUCCUCUCCAGCUUUGGAAACAUUGUCGAUGGAUCCGCUCCGGGUGACGAAACCUUUUUGCGGUCUGUACCUGCCUUUACUGCGCCAGCAUCUCUCCCUACGGACUUUAAUGCAUUUGCUCAAGCCCAGCAGCAGGCCCUGGCUGCCAGUGGAAGUCAAAACCCACCUCCACUGAUGUCUCUAGCACAGCUCCUGGUUUUCCAGCAGGAGCAACAGCGCCUGCAGCAGCAGCAACAACAGCAGCAACAGCAACAACAGCAGCAACAACAGCAACAGGCAAUCGCUUCGUUAGACCAAUUGACUGCUGCUCAAAUCCAGGAACAGCACCAGUUGAACCAGCACCGACAGGUCUUACAACUCCAGCAGCAGCAACACGAGCAGUUGCAGCAGCAGCAGCGCCAGUACCAAUUGCUCUUGCAACAGCAGGACCCAGCCUUGGUCAGCGCAUUCCUCAACAACUUUUCCAACCUCACCAACUAUCAGCAGCUCAAUUCGGAUCAAGCCCAAAAUGAGCUCUUGUCGAUCCUGGACUCUACAAUGUUCACCAACAACAAUAACAACAACAAUGGAAACUCCUUUGACAGCACCAACAACAGCAACCCGUUCGGACUGACAUCGUCGAUCCUUCAGCAACAACAAAGAUCGCAGCAGUCAUCGGGCUCGUUCCAACCAUCAAGAUCGAUGUCCCCUUCUAGCACCAGUAUGUCAUCGACGUUCAGUCCCGAUAUGGGCAGCAGCACUCUGAGCUCUAGUGACUUCGCCUCUGCAGCAAGCGCUCGGCGGUACCAGCAGCAGGACCGACACCGGACAUUCUCUUCGGAUGACGCCUUCUUGGCCGAGGCAGCAAUGGGAAGGACGAAUCUGCACGACACACCCUCGCCCGAGUCGUUCCCCGUCCUGGAUCUGGCUAGCUCGUUCCCGGCUUAUAUUGGAACUGAUAGCGCGAUCCCCUUUGGUGUCCGUCAGGCUCUGGGCGAUGCUAGCAAGCUCUUCAAGUUUGAGGCGUCCCAGACUGGUCUCUCUGCCGAGUAG